GCGCAGUAACAUCUAUCAUUUUCGCGUGUUCUGCUUAAUUUUCAACGAUAUAUAUCUCGAUACUCCAAAAAACUCUCGAAUUAUCCUUAUUUUCUUUCACUGUUUAUUGAAUCAUUCAUUGAAAUGAAAUUGAUCGGGCUCAUGUUUUUGCUAUCGUUUUGUAGUCAUUUUAGAGCGGCUCCGAUAAAUGUGACCUCUGAGUUAAGUGUGCUCAUUAGAAGAAUAAUAUGGACCGAUUGGAAUCAGUUCAACAUCGAAUUGAAUCCUGAUUCCAUUCUCGACACGCCUGAGAUGGUAAGAAAAGCGGGUUAUCUUGUGGAAUCUCACGUUGUAACGACGGAGGACGGCUAUUUUUUGACGUUACAUCGUAUCCCAGGUGGCAACGAUUCUUUACCCGUGCUGCUGCAGCAUGGUUUUUUAGGCAGCUCCGCUGACUGGCUUGUUCUUGGCAAAGGCAAAGCAUUAGCUUACCUUUUAGCAGAUCAGGGAUAUGAUGUUUGGUUGGGUAAUUUUCGUGGUAAUAUUUACUCGAAGGCACAUAUCUCCCUCUCUCCGUCCAAUUUGACAUUUUGGGAUUUUAGCUAUAACGAAAUGGGCAUCUAUGAUUCAGCCGCGAUGAUUACAUUUAUCACGAAUAUGAGAUCCCAACCAUUGCACACAUAUAUUGGUCAUUCUAUAGGCACAACCAGUUUUUUCAUAAUGGCAUCAGAGCGCCCGAAAAUCGCUAAAAUGGUGGAAAUGAUGAUCAGUCUCGCGCCAGCAGUCUUUACAGAUCACAUGCAGAGUCCGAUACAAUAUUUGAUUCCUUUCAAAAAUGUGCUUAAGAUGGUGAUGCAAUUGUUCUUUCACGAUGAAUUCCUCGGUGAUUCUGUAAGAUUUCUUUUGAAAGAUAUCUGCGACCAGAACAUUGAAUUUUGUUCUAAUAUAAUGUCUAUGAUCUGUGGUGAUGAUCGCGAACAGUUUAACAAUACUCUACUGCCUAUUAUCAUGCAUAAUCUCCCGGCAGGCUCCUCCAUUAAGACUAUUCUGCAUUUCGUCCAAGUAUUUGAAUCAGGCAAGUUUCGCAAAUACGAUUACGGUCCCGUGAGAAAUCUAUUGAUUUAUAAUUCGAUGGACCCACCAAAUUACAAUUUAUCGAAUACCACAGUACCAAUCGCGUUGUUUUACGGGAAUAAUGACUGGUUAGUUCGCAUAGAAGAUUUGAAAAGGUUGUACCAUUCACUGCCCAAUGUAGUGGAUAUGUACGAAGUGCCGUGGUCCAAAUUCAAUCACGUGGAUUUUAUAUGGGCUAGAGAUGCGCCAAAACUCGUAUACGAUAGGAUUCUCAAGAUCAUGAGACUAGAAAAUCCAAAUAACAUUACAUCAGUGGAAUAAUGUUGUCAACAAUCAAAAUUAAAGAUAA